AUGGAUCAUCAAUGCAAAUUGCAAAAUUUGGCUGGUAACCAAACAUAACGUUGGAGAAACAAUAGCCGGAGCUCCCAUUGUCGAUAAGCAUUUGCAAAAGGGCAGGUUCGGGGGAAGUGAUGACUUUCCCUGUCGUAAAUGAGAAAGCGGAACGCUCCAUUGCACGCCACGACCAGAGUUGAAAAUAAAGCGUGAGAUCCGUUGCAUCUGAAAAAGGCAGACCUCCUGCGUUUCACAUCGUAGCGAUUCUGAAGACAUUUCCGGAGAACUUGGCCAAUGGAGUAAAUGAAUUCCACGAGUAAGCGUCAAACUGCUCUUAUCUGUUGACUUUAUUUUGAUAAUCCAGAAUAAAAAGAGCCUCAAGUAUUUACGCUGAAGUGGUGACCCCAGAAGAAAAGAUUUUACGGACUGCACAUGUUCAAGCGUUGUCAGGACAAUAAAAUAGUCGGAAUUUCCCCGUGAAGCAGAUACGGAGUUGUAAGGACAGUAAUGCGUCGUUAAGUCGUGAUGUUCAGUAACGGAUCCUAACAAGGUUUCUUGGGAAGGUUUCACGUUUGCUUGUGAACAAUUUUUACGGGGGACAUCCGCAUUAGGAAAUAGUACAAGAAAUAGAAAAACGUGUUCGGUAAAACUAAAACUGGGCCCAAUUUCAAGAUACGAUGGUAUCGCCAGUUUUAUCGACACGCCUGGAAAAUUUGCAAUCACCUGGCUCACGUUCACAGUGAAGUCCAUCGCAAAACUAUGUAGUUAUUUCCCAGGAGUUUUGCCACGUUUGGAAUUUGUCAGAAAGGAAUAUGGCCUAAGAAAAUUAUGUUUUAUUGUUUCCUCGGUCGAGCUGUAUGUACAACAUUCAUGGUUUAAAGCUUAUAUUUAACCGAGUAAAUAAUUAUGGUUUUGGAUUACGACAACUUGAAUGAGGGUGCAGCGCAGUUACUGGUGCUCAAAACCUUUAACAAUUUCCAACUCCAUGUGAAGAUGUCUAAAAAUACUGAUAUUGACUUAUCCCUUGUUUCGUGGUUUAGUGCGUAUGUGUCAAUGUAUUAGUGAAAUUAUCUAAUGGAUUAUAAAGGAAGCUUUUUUCUAAGAACACAACUCUCCAAAUCGUUCUCGCCCUUGACCAUAGAAUAAUAGUCGUAUCUUAAUAUUUGGUAAUCGGAGAAAUGUUGAUGCAAUAUAGUCAUCGUCAAUGCACAAGUACAGAAAUUUGCAUAUGUACAUAGCCAAGCCAUAACGCAUAUAACAAUAUCAUUCGCCAAAUUUAUCAGUUCCAAACAAAUAUAUGUAACUGGUUCUCAUUUUAUUUGUGUCAUGCGGAUCUGGUAGCUAAUCCGCUUUUUAGAACCACAUUAUUGCACUAUGCAAUAACACAGAUAAUUUCUAUGCAAUUUACAAUAAGAGCUGAAUUUCCAUAAGGUCGGGUAGUGUUGAUGACGCGAAGUGUAGUGAAAAAUCGGUUUUAACUGCCAUGAAAUUUAUUGCUGCUUAAUUAUCUAUUAGCCAUGUUAAUUGUCAAAUUGAAUAAUGACAACAAUGUCCCAUCCGUCUACCCAGCACAGCUAGAUUGGUUGAUCGAAGAGGGGAAAAUGUGUGGGAUUUCCCAGCAUAGUACGAGAUGCAUAUUGUACAUAUAUUCUGGAUUCGUGCAGAGAUGUGCAGUUGCAAAUUUCACGAGGAUGGCUUGUGCUCAAAUAAUGGCACACGCAAAAUUUAUCCCUGGUUAACGUCAAGAAGACUGCGAACUAUAACAUUUUAUUCUUUCAUGCAUUCACUCGCGGAUCUGCAAAUUAUUUAUAGUUGCAGACAAACAAACACCAUAUUUGUAUGAAAAUUAAAAUAAUGUCAUUUUCCGCCGUCUUGAUUUUUUAGCAUGUAGAUCUAUGUAGCAUGUGAAUGCAUUAAAUACUGUGCUGCUAUUUGACAAAUAAGUGGGCGUGUGACAAGAUAUGGAGGACGGGAUCAGUCGUCAGCGAUCUACUUUGAUCCAGAAUAUUUCUGGAAAUGCCAAUUGAUUCAGCCUGGCCAGCCAUAUAAAAAAACGAUGCAUGCAUGCAACACUUUAUAGUAUUUUAAAAUCGGAGAAAAUGUGCGUUCCAGCCGACUCCAAUUUGCAACUUGCAGAAAAUGUACUCGAAUUAAAAGAACCAAAGACUAAAGACAACAUAGAACAAAGUCCUAAAGGAUGGGGGACACGACAUACAUUCCUCGUGCUGGGCUUUGUAGGAUUCGCUCUGUGCUACGCAUUGAGAUUUAAUUUAUCGAUUGCCAUUGUAAAAAUGAUCAAAAGAAGCAAUGGCACUGUGGGCGCUGGUAAGGGAGGAAACCUGACCAUGCCUGAUCAUGAGGCAGCAAUUUGUCCCCUUGGUCUAAUGCCAAAGACAAACUCAUCUCAAUUUAAUUAUUCCAAUGCGACACUCGUGGACGAAAACAAUAAUGAUUACGAGUCUGAGAAAUUCGACUGGAGCGAAGAAGAGCAACAAAUUCUAUUGGGGGCGUUUUUCUGGGGGUAUGUUCUUACACAGUUUCCAGGGGGCAAGCUUUCCCAUGUUUACGGCCCCAAAUGGAUAUUUUCUGGGGGUAUUCUGAUAACCGGAAUUUUAUCACUAUUCAUUCCGAUCGUUACCAUUGCAUAUGAAUAUUAUGGACUCAUUGUGAUCCGGGUCGCACAAGGACUUGCAGAGGGCGUCACUCUGCCCUCAAUUUUAGUUCUGUUGGCGAGAUGGGCACCAAUUGGCGAGCGAAGUCGAAUGGUCAACUGGUUAUAUGCAGGAAUUCCUCUGGGAACUGCAGUCACGAUGGUGGCUGGGGGAUAUUUGCUCCACUUUUUUGGAUGGCCUUCCGUUUUUUACGUUGCUGGAGGGUUGACCCUGGUCUGGUUUGUAUUUUGGUCUUUCUUCGUUUACAAUGACCCAUCCGAACACCCACGAAUUACUGAAGAGGAGCUCAACUACAUUCAAUCACACUUGGAGGGAGAAUCAAUGACGGAUAAUAUUGCAACUCCGUGGUGUGAAAUCGUAAAGUCGUUGCCAGUGUGGGCCGUAUUAAUAACAGACCUAGGGGACUCAUGGUCCCACUAUCUUCUUCAUGUGGAAGUUCCAAUGUAUCUCAGCUCCGUCCACAACUUUGAUAUCGAAACGGACGGAUGGCUAUCAGCGUCGCCACAGGUUGUUAAUUUCGGGGUGGGAAUACUAUUGGGAUAUUUGGCAGAUUUUCUCAUCAAUAGAAAAUACCUGUCUGUGAUCUCGACUAGAAAGUUGUGCAGCACAAUUGCCCUAUGGGGGGCAGCUGGUGGCUUUAUUGGAAUGAUUUACGGCGGUUGCGAUACUCCCAUGGCGGUGGCUUCUUUAAAUUUUGCUGCCGGAAUAGCUGGGGCCUCAAAUAGUGGGUGGACUCUGGGUCAUAUCGAAAUCGCGCCUAAUCAUGCUGGCACUAUAUCUGGGAUUGCAAAUAUGUUUGGAAACUGUUUAGGUUUCGUAGCUCCUUUGGUCACCGGAUUAAUUUUAGAAAAGAAUCCUACGUUAAGGGGCUGGAGAAUUGCGCUAAGUAUUCCGGCGGGAAUUAGCUUUGCGGUUAGCCUGUUCUACUUGGCUUUCGCCUCUUCUGAUGUCCAACCUUGGAAUAGAAUUACGGAAGAAGAGCAGGAGAGUAAAAUCAGAAAAGAUUCUGUCACUUUGGCGGUUUAAAAGCUGUAUUAAUUAGUGGAACUAUUUAUGUUUUAUGUUUCGGUUUUAUUUUAUCUAAUAUUUAAGGACUAUUUGUACUUAAUGAUUAGCAAGUAAUCAU